AUGGAAUUAACAGUGUUGAAGGCAUUGGCAUGGAGAAUCAACUCUAUUACUCCAUUUUCUUACAUUCAUAUAUUGACACAAAAAAUCGAUGCCAACGAAACCCUAGUCGACGAAUUGACAAGACGAACAACAGAAUUACUCGUCACAGCGCUUUUAGAUCCUGAGUUCUUGGAGUUCAAGCAUUGUGUUAUGGCAACAUCUGCAAUCAGAAGUGCAGUUGAAAAUUUAUUGCCAUCUAAAAAAAUUGCCCCACUUGCAAAUAUGGAAGCUUUCAUCCUCCAAGAUCAUCAGGAUGACUUGAUCAAGUGUCGAAAGAUGUUGGCGAAACUAAUGGUGCAAGAUCACGAAAGGUUCGUUCGUGCGAAAAAUUACUGGCAUGGCCCUUUAAGCCCGGUGACCGUGUUGAAAGUGGACCAUUUCGGUUUCCAAAAAUGGCCGGUCGAUAUUUCUUUCAGGAGGAUGCAUGAAAUGAAUGUCGUGCUGAAAUCGGGUCGAAAGAGGAAGAGGGAAGAGCUCGGGUUGUGGGAUGUGAACUGA